UAUAUGGAUACUGUAUCCGUAUGUAAUUGUAUGUGUAGCUUGAUCGUUGAUUCUGUAUUCAUAUCGAAUAGCGUAAAGUAAAGUAUUUAAUAAAUAAAUAUUUUAGUGUAUGAAUACUUCAGGAAAAAGUCGAAACGAAGAAUGUAAACGGCGAAAGUUUAAAUUCGAAAUCUGGAUAAAUUUAUUUGUCGCGGUUGAUUAGUAAAAAAGAAGUAUACAUAUACAUAUGUAUAUACAUGAAAUCUAAGAAGAAUCCGUAAGAGGUAAAAGCGGCGCUACUUUAGUGUUUUCAAUAAAUUCAUGCAUUGCAUCGAGGCGCGAAACUAAGUGACGAAAACUGAGAUGUGCUAAGAUGUUCGUCGUGCUUCACUGUCCUUUUUGAAAAUCUGUUUUUUGCCUGCACGUCUGCAGUAAGUACGAAGUCGUUUUCGGCACAUAUAUUUCCAAUAGACAGUUAGUUGUCGUAGGACACGAUUGUAUAGAUUCAAAUUUGUUCCAUUAUUUUACCACCACCGACAAAAUGUCUGAGGCAGUCGAUGAAAUUGCUGAUGAAGAAAAUUCCGUCACGAUGCUGGACGUACUUCGUGAAGAGAAUCAAUUAGAGGAAGAUGCUUGCGCGGUUCUGGGCGCAUCCGAUGACAAAAAUUGCACAUACAGCAAGGGGUAUACUCGACAGGCGCUUUACGCUUGUAAAACUUGUUGUCCUCAAGCAAUUAGGGCAGCUGUGUGUCUGGCUUGCAGUUUCCAUUGUCACGAGGGACACGAACUGGUUGAACUUUAUACUAAAAGACAUUUCAGAUGUGAUUGUGGCAAUUCCAAGUUCGAAGGGAAAAAGUGUAACUUGGAUGCGACGAAAGAUUCCAUUAACUCAGAGAACCAAUACAAUCACAACUUUGAUGGACUCUACUGUGUUUGCAAAAGACCUUAUCCAGAUCCAGAAGAUACAGUAAACGAUGAAAUGCUACAAUGUGUUAUUUGCGAAGAUUGGUAUCAUUCUUUGCAUCUUGAGAAUGAGAAAAGCAUGCCAAAGGAUGAAGCUUACGAUGAGAUGAUUUGUGCCGAUUGCAUGAGAGCGAAUAGCUUUCUCUGGAAUUAUGCAAGCAAAUAUGCGGUAUUCUCAACGAAAAAGGCUUCGUCCGAAGCAAAGGCAGUCGAGCCUGUGGAUGUCGAGAACGUGCAUAAGGGUUGCACCAUGCCACACAACGAAACGUGUUCGAAGGGAAGUUGCUUUUGGUCGGAAGGCUGGAGGAGUGCCCUUUGUACGUGCGAAGCUUGCAAAACGCUUUACCGAGAGAAAAAAGUUAUGUUUCUCUUAGAUCCGACGGACAGUGUCCAUGCCUAUGAGGAAGCAGGUAAAGUCUACAGUCGAGAAUCUCAAUAUGAGAAAGGUAUGAAGGCUUUGGCUUCCUUGGGCCGAGUCGAACAGCUUACAGCCAUUGAAGAGUACAACAACAUGAAAGAGCGGCUGAAGCAAUACUUGCAGAAAUUCGCUGAAAACAAAAAGGUUGUUCGCGAAGAAGACAUUAAAGAAUUCUUUUCAGAAAUGGAAUCUAAUAAACGGCCAAAAGUUGUAAUACCUACAUAUUGCCGUUGAAACGGUAAAAAAAAACGUACGAAUUUUCAGCUUUUAAAUAAUACAAUCAAAAUUCAAUUUUCAUUGUUGCAUACGACGCUAGAAGCGUUUCUUUUGUAUUUCUUGUUGAACCAACGAUCGCUUUUAUGACACGAUAUUCUUAUUAUAUUUUUUAUUUAACAACUGUAUCUGUAUGUAUUAUUUGUAUCUAUUAUAUAUAGUGCUUACUAUAUUUCCGUAGUCUUCAAAAAAUUAUGUGGGAUUUGUGAUAAUAAAACAAUGAGAGAAAAUAACAAGUC